GCCACUGUUACUAGCGAGGGGAAGAUGGCGGCCGCGGCUGUGGUGGUUCCCGCAGAGUGGAUAAAGAACUGGGAGAAAUCAGGGAGAGGCGAAUUUUUGCAUUUAUGCCGGAUUCUCAGUGAAAAUAAAAGCCAUGACAGUUCGACCUACAGAGAUUUUCAACAAGCUCUCUAUGAGUUAUCAUACCAUGUCAUUAAAGGAAAUUUAAAGCAUGAACAGGCAUCUAGUGUUCUUAAUGACAUUAGCGAAUUCCGUGAGGAUAUGCCUUCUAUCCUUGCUGAUGUGUUCUGCAUAUUAGAUAUUGAGACAAAUUGUUUAGAAGAAAAAAGCAAGAGAGACUAUUUUACACAAUUGGUAUUAGCAUGUUUGUAUUUAGUUUCAGACACAGUUUUGAAGGAACGAUUGGAUCCAGAAACUUUGGAAUCAUUAGGGCUUAUCAAACAGUCACAGCAGUUCAACCAAAAGUCAGUUAAAAUCAAGACAAAACUCUUUUAUAAGCAGCAAAAAUUCAAUUUAUUAAGAGAAGAAAAUGAAGGUUAUGCCAAGCUUAUUGCUGAACUGGGGCAAGAUUUAUCUGGAAAUAUUACUAGUGAUUUAAUAUUAGAAAAUAUCAAAUCUUUAAUCGGAUGCUUUAAUCUGGAUCCUAAUAGAGUUUUGGAUGUCAUUUUAGAAGUGUUUGAAUGCAGGCCAGAACAUGAUGACUUCUUUAUAUCUUUAUUAGAAUCUUACAUGAGUAUGUGUGAACCACAAACACUGUGUCAUAUUCUUGGAUUCAAAUUCAAGUUUUACCAGGAACCAAGUGGUGAGACGCCAUCAUCUUUAUACAGAGUUGCAGCAGUCCUUCUGCAAUUUAAUCUCAUUGAUCUAGACGAUCUUUAUGUGCAUCUCCUUCCUGCUGAUAAUUGUAUUAUGGAUGAAUACAAACGAGAAAUUGUGGAAGCUAAGCAAAUUGUAAGAAAACUCACAAUGGUUGUUCUGUCUUCUGAAAAACUUGAUGAACGAGACAAAGAAAAGGACAAAGAUGAUGAGAAAGUAGAGAAGCCACCUGACAACCAAAAACUUGGUUUGUUGGAAGCUUUGUUAAAAGUUGGUGAUUGGCAUCAUGCACAGAACAUCAUGGAUCAGAUGCCUCCGUACUAUGCAGCUUCACAUAAACUAAUAGCUCUUGCUAUUUGCAAGCUCAUUCACAUCACUGUUGAGCCUCUCUACCGAAGAGUUGGUGUUCCUAAAGGUGCUAAGGGCUCACCGGUUAGUGCUUUGCAAAACAAGAGAGCACCGAAGCAAGUAGAGAGCUUUGAAGAUUUGAGGAGGGAUGUAUUCAAUAUGUUCUGUUACCUUGGUCCUCACCUCUCACAUGAUCCCAUUUUAUUUGCAAAAGUCGUGCGCAUAGGCAAGUCAUUUAUGAAGGAGUUUCAGUCUGAUGGAAGCAAACAGGAAGAUAAAGAGAAAACGGAAGUUAUCCUUAGCUGUUUGCUUAGCAUUACUGACCAGGUAUUACUUCCAUCUCUUUCUUUGAUGGACUGCAAUGCUUGCAUGUCUGAGGAGUUGUGGGGAAUGUUUAAGACAUUUCCCUAUCAGCAUAGAUAUCGUCUAUAUGGCCAGUGGAAGAAUGAAACUUAUAAUGGUCACCCACUUUUAGUAAAAGUUAAAGCUCAAACAAUAGACCGAGCCAAGUAUAUCAUGAAGCGUCUAACCAAGGAAAAUGUGAAGCCUUCAGGAAGACAAAUUGGCAAGCUGAGCCACAGCAAUCCAACAAUUUUGUUUGAUUAUAUCUUGUCACAAAUCCAGAAAUAUGAUAAUUUAAUAACACCUGUAGUAGAUUCAUUGAAAUACCUCACUUCAUUGAAUUAUGAUGUCUUGGCCUAUUGUAUCAUUGAAGCUUUAGCUAAUCCAGAAAAGGAGAGAAUGAAACAUGAUGACACAACCAUCUCAAGCUGGCUUCAGAGUCUGGCUAGUUUCUGUGGUGCAGUAUUCCGUAAAUACCCGAUUGAUCUUGCUGGUCUUCUUCAGUAUGUAGCCAAUCAAUUAAAGGCAGGCAAAAGUUUUGACCUAUUAAUAUUGAAAGAAGUGGUACAAAAAAUGGCAGGAAUUGAAAUUACAGAGGAGAUGACAAUGGAGCAGUUAGAAGCCAUGACUGGUGGGGAGCAGCUAAAGGCUGAGGGUGGUUAUUUCGGCCAGAUCAGAAACACUAAAAAGUCCUCUCAGAGGUUAAAAGAUGCACUACUGGACCAUGAUCUUGCUCUUCCUCUCUGUUUGCUUAUGGCACAACAGAGGAAUGGGGUAAUCUUUCAGGAGGGUGGAGAGAAACACUUGAAACUUGUGGGGAAACUCUAUGACCAGUGUCAUGACACCCUGGUACAGUUUGGUGGGUUUUUAGCAUCAAAUCUGAGUACAGAAGAUUAUAUAAAACGAGUGCCUUCAAUUGAUGUGCUCUGUAAUGAAUUUCAUACACCACACGAUGCAGCAUUUUUUCUGUCUAGGCCAAUGUAUGCACACCAUAUUUCGUCAAAAUACGAUGAACUUAAAAAAUCAGAAAAGGGAAGUAAGCAGCAACAUAAAGUCCAUAAAUACAUUACAUCAUGUGAGAUGGUGAUGGCGCCUGUCCACGAAGCAGUGGUCUCCUUACAUGUUUCCAAAGUCUGGGAUGACAUCAGCCCUCAGUUCUAUGCUACAUUUUGGUCAUUGACAAUGUAUGACCUUGCAGUUCCACAUACCAGCUAUGAAAGAGAAGUCAAUAAACUUAAAGUCCAGAUGAAAGCGAUUGAUGACAAUCAGGAAAUGCCUCCAAAUAAAAAGAAAAAAGAAAAGGAGCGUUGCACAGCCCUUCAGGACAAGCUCCUUGAAGAAGAAAAGAAGCAGAUGGAACAUGUUCAAAGAGUACUUCAGAGGCUGAAACUAGAAAAAGACAACUGGCUUUUAGCAAAGUCUACCAAAAACGAGACCAUCACAAAAUUUUUACAGCUGUGUAUAUUUCCUCGAUGCAUUUUUUCUGCAAUUGAUGCUGUUUAUUGUGCUCGUUUUGUUGAAUUGGUACAUCAACAGAAAACUCCAAAUUUUUCCACACUUCUUUGCUAUGAUCGAGUUUUUUCUGACAUAAUUUACACAGUUGCAAGCUGCACUGAAAACGAAGCUAGUCGGUAUGGGAGAUUUCUUUGCUGUAUGUUAGAGACGGUGACCAGGUGGCAUAGUGAUAGAGCCACAUAUGAAAAGGAAUGUGGAAACUAUCCAGGAUUCCUUACCAUAUUACGGGCAACUGGAUUUGAUGGUGGAAAUAAAGCUGAUCAGUUAGAUUAUGAAAAUUUUCGACACGUUGUUCACAAAUGGCAUUACAAACUAACCAAGGCAUCGGUACAUUGCCUUGAGACAGGCGAAUAUACUCACAUCAGGAAUAUAUUGAUUGUACUAACAAAAAUACUUCCUUGGUACCCAAAAGUUUUGAAUCUGGGUCAGGCUUUGGAGAGAAGAGUGAAUAAAAUAUGCCAAGAAGAAAAAGAGAAGAGGCCAGAUCUUUAUGCAUUGGCUAUGGGCUACUCGGGGCAGUUGAAAAGUAGAAAGUCACACAUGAUACCUGAAAAUGAAUUUCAUCAUAAGGAUCCUCCUCCAAGGAAUGCUGUUGCCAGUGUACAAAAUGGGCCUGGUGGUGGGACUUCUUCAUCAUCUAUAGGAAGUGCAUCUAAAUCAGAUGAAAGCGGUGCUGAGGAGACUGAUAAAUCAAGGGAGAGAUCUCAGUGUGGUACAAAAGCUGUUAAUAAGGCUUCUAGUACCACACCAAAGGGGAAUUCAAGCAAUGGAAAUAGUGGCUCUAACAGCAACAAAGCUGUUAAGGAAAAUGACAAAGAAAAAGUAAAAGAGAAAGAAAAAGAGAAAAAGGAGAAGACUCCAGCUACAACUCCAGAGGCCAGGGCACUUGGUAAAGAUAGUAAAGAAAAACCGAAGGAAGAGCGGCCAAAUAAAGAAGACAAAGCAAGAGAGACAAAGGAAAGAACACCUAAAUCUGAUAAAGAGAAAGAGAAGUUCAAGAAGGAAGAAAAAGCUAAAGAUGAGAAAUUCAAGACCACCGUCCCCAUCGUAGAAUCAAAAUCGACUCAAGAAAGGGAAAGAGAGAAGGAGCCAUCCAGAGAAAGAGAUGUAGCAAAGGAAAUGAAGUCAAAGGAAAAUGUUAAAGGAGGAGAAAAAACACCAGUUUCAGGGUCCUUGAAGUCACCUGUUCCCAGAUCAGAUAUCUCGGAGCCUGACAGGGAACAAAAACGCCGCAAAAUUGAUACUCAUCCUUCUCCAUCACAUUCCUCCACAGUAAAGGACAGUCUCAUCGAUCUCAAGGACUCUUCAGCAAAGCUCUACAUUAACCAUAACCCUCCACCACUGUCCAAGAGUAAGGAGAGAGAAAUGGACAAGAAAGAUUUGGACAAGUCAAGGGAAAGAUCCAGAGAAAGAGAGAAAAAAGAUGAAAAGGACAGGAAAGAACGGAAAAGGGAUCAUUCAAACAAUGACCGCGAAGUGCCACCGGACAUAACAAAGAGGCGGAAAGAGGAGAAUGGAACAAUGGGGGUUUCAAAACACAAAAGUGAGAGUCCAUGUGAGUCUCAAUAUCCAAAUGAGAAAGACAAAGAGAAAAAUAAGUCAAAAUCUUCAGGCAAAGAAAAAAGCAGUAGUGAUUCGUUUAAAUCUGAGAAGAUGGAUAAAAUCUCAUCUGGUGGCAAAAAGGAAUCCAGGCAUGAUAAAGAAAAGAUAGAAAAGAAAGAAAAACGGGAUAGUUCAGGAGGAAAGGAAGAGAAGAAACAUCAUAAGUCCUCUGACAAGCACAGAUAAUGAUCAAUUUCAACCAAGGGUGUGGACAGACCCCUAAGCUGAACGUUUCCCCGAGGAGGAUGCCAAAGCUCCAUGAGUCACUCUCAGAAUGACAUCUCCCAUAUUUAAGAGCUUCUGGUGCUGUCCAUUUUAUGGGAAUCUGCUUUAAGUCAGAAGAUGCAUACACACCACCAUCCUUUUGACAAGACAUUCCAAAGUCACUGAUUUUCAGAACAUUAUUUUCACCUGCAGGCAGUUUCUUGGAACAAGGUCCCCGUGCAUACAAUUUUUACGUGGGAUACACCGUCCAGAAGCAGCAUCUAAAGGAAAAUUCACUAACUGACUUUUAGUUCAUCUUUCUCAGAAAGGAGAGGAAGUUGCCUCCUGGAAGCAAUUCCUUAAUGAUGUAGAUAGGUUGCCUUUGUGUGUGAAUUCUCUAAGUGUGAAAACAUUGGGGUGAUUAUGUUGCUUGGAGGGUCUUGGCUUCUUAUAAAAUUUUAAUUCCAAUUCAUGGGAAAGAUCUUUGUGUUUUAACAGCAAAAAAUUUUUUUAUCAUUUAAUAUGUACCCUUAAAUAUGUCAUCAAAAGUUUUCUUGUCCUUAAGGAAUUCUCAUUGUGUGACAUCAUAAUCGAGACCCCCAUUUGUUAUUCUGGUUAUUGUCAUAUAGAUACCAUGAUGUUCUUUUUCUUUCCCAUUUCUUAUUUUUAUCAGCAUGGUCGUGUGAAUACCAUGAAGUUCUUUAUUGAAGCAUCAUUCAUUUUCAAUCUAAAAUCCUGAGAUGUAGUCAGCAUUUUAAAGUGGAUAAUUCAGUGGUCUUUAGUACAUUGACUGUGUGGUGCAGUCUAAUGUCAGAACAUGCAGGUUAGCAGUCAUUCUUAUUUCUCUUCUUUCUUCAGCCACUGGAAGCUACUGACACAUUUUCUGCCUAUGAAUUUGCCUGUUUUGGGACAUUUCAUAUAAAUGGAAUUGUGCAAUAUCAUGUCCUGGGGGCCAGGGUUCUUUCAACUACCAUCUUAUUAUCAAGAGUCAUCCAUGGUAUAGCAUGUGUCAAUAAUCCAUUCCUUCUUAAAGGUUAAAUAUUCCAUAGAAUGAAUGUGUAUCAUAUUUUGUUUACCCAUUUAUUCAUUGAGGGACAGAAACAAUUACACUUUUUAAGUAAUAAAAUUAGAAGGUCAACAUCGGUAUAUCCAAAAUUAUAAUUGAUGAUGUCAAGAUUAUACACAGUAUGCACAGAAUGCUGUGUAGAAAUGAUGUGUAAAUUAUUUGUCAGCAUUUCAUGCAAGUGUAAUUAUUUUCUAAGGCCCUUCUAGCUAUGAUUUUUUUUGGAACUGUGUGAAUGUAGUAUAUUCAUUAGUAAAGUUUAAUGCAUUAAGCAUUAAUUUAAAAUCUGAGAACAAUGUUAGGCAGAUAAAUUAUUUGCCACAUGCUGUAAUGGUCAUGUUUUGAAUUUAUUUCGUUAUGCAGUAUUUGAAAAAUGUCUACAUAAAGGAAAGGAAAUGAGUAUAAUUGAGUCAAUAUAUUUUUAAAGCAAUUUUUAUAAUUUAGCAGACAUUGCAUCUUAAUAUAAUUCACUAUUAAAAUGUGUCCUUGUGAAAAUAUCGAUGUCAUUUUCUCUCUAUUUUUUUUGAUUGAUCUUGUAAAAUAGGUUCCUUUCCUUUGUUAAAUGUUGUGUUUCUUUUUGAUACAUUAUCCUUUGCGCCUGUAGAAUAUACCUGUUACUCUUUAAUCUUUUUCUCUACCCCAGAAUCCUUCACCCUCUCACACAUAGAAAAUGUUUCAAUGGUUCUUAAAAUUCAUGGUGUGUGAAUGAUUUCUAAGAAUAGACAGAGACAUAGAAAUAUUUCCUCAUUUUCUGGGAACUUCCUCCAGGUCUUUGUUAUUGAUAAAAUUCACUGACGUUUCUUCCCCCUUUCUUUCCCCUCCAUCACUCCCUGGCCUUUUCUCUCUGGCCUGUUCUUGUCUUGCUUUGACCUUCCUCCUCAUUCCCCCUCAGCCACUCCUUCUUUUGUCUAUCUGUAUAACCAGUUUGUUUCUUUUAGGUGGAAAAAAUGAAAUGAAAUCAUACAGCUGUGACCAGAAUUGUAUUUUCCUGAGUAGAUUUCUGAGAAUUGUGAAUGAAGUGGGCCCAUUUUCAGUUACCUGCUUUAUUGCUCCAUGCAGAAAACCUAAAACUGUUGUGUUGUAUGUUAUUGUACUUUAACUUGUUGCUUAAUUUCUACAUGUUUAUUUUCAGUAAUGGCUGAAAGUGUUAAUUAUUCCAUAUUUUAGCACAAUGUGCUGCAUAUACUUCCCAAUAAGCAAAUAAGGUUACAUUUGUACAGAAUUUCACUUUUGAUUAAAUACUGCCUGGGUUUCAAGUCCCUUCCCCCAUUUGAAAUGCUUCCUUUUUAAUGUUGAAACUGAAAAUAAACAGUUACUGAAUGAUUUUGAAUUUACCUCAUCUUAGAACUCAGUUUUAAUUUAUUUGGCCUGUUUUUAAUAUUAGUCACUAAAAAUAAAGUGGAGCACUGUCUUAUGCAACGCCUAAGAAUCGUUUUAUAUAGUAUGUGUACAACAUUAAAAUAUGUUCUACAAAGAAAAAUAUACCAGCGCUCACUUGUCCCUUGCCAUUUUUUUCUUGUAAUUAGGAAAUCUUGGGGGUAGAAGGGAAUAAAAAAUUAAUUGUGUUUUAAUUUUACAGCUACCAGAGCUUUGUAUUGCUAAACUUACAUCUGGAAAAGUUUCACGUGACAUUUUUAAGAGAAUUUUUUAUCUACUGAAUUCUACCAGUGUAACCAUUUUUUCUAAAUAAACAAUAGUUUUCUCAAAUGACUA